AUGGAUCCAGCCUCGAGAUCUCCCGACUUCCCAGAUCGUGCUGCCUCCGCUGAAGUUAGCUCGACCCGGCCGAAUCCCUUUGAUGAAGGUGAUAUCACAUCUCGCAAGCGUCGACGUACCUCGCUCUCCGGGUCUCCAGCCAAUUCUCUUGAUACAGUGAAUCCUAUUCUCGACUCUUCCAGUUCCACCACUCUUGACACCGAUCCUGUCUUGCUCCGACGUGACUCGGCUACAGGCUCCCCGCCGGACACUGUCGCGCAUAAGACCCCCGGGUCAGGCUCUCCCAUGUAUGGUCCAUCAGCAGAACCACCGUCAAGUAUGGUUACCCUCAAUCUGAGGAAUGCGACUCAGAACGACUCAUCUUUGUCGCCGCCUUCCCCCUCGCCAGUAGCUCAGCCAGCUGCGACUGAGAAUGCAGCCGAUACCAUCGACGACCAAGUCAAAGAAAGUGUUGAAGAAUACGAGGUCGAGAUGGGCCCUGCUCCCUCUCAAGGCCCAGAUACCCCACGAUCGAGCUCGCUACAUUCACCAAGUCCACCUAUCGAGGUUAUCACUGAACAGUCAGACGAGGACAUGAUCUUGGAUCGCCAAAGCAUCGGUGUUUCAAUAGUCGAAGAUGAUCUAGUUCUGGUCGACCCUAUUCAUGAUUUUCCAUUCAAAGAACAUAAUGAAAGCCUGGAGGGUAUGGUCACGCGGCUCAGUAGCUAUCUCACAAAUCAUUCGCCUAUCGACGGUUCCGUCAUUUAUAAGUUACAUCACUGGCUAGAGCAGUAUCUUGAAUAUGUUGCGACCAGUGACUGGCAGUCUGUGGCGGACUCGUGCCGCUUCAACAUUUCUUUCUGGAUGGCUUUCCCCCGUAUUGUUACCGCGAUAGUUAACCAUAGGCCCCCUCUGUAUGACGAUGAGUCAUUGCGUGAUGCUACAAAGGCCUUUCUGACCGCGUUCACCAAAUUGUCAGCAUGGUUCGUCUGUCAAGACAUCCAGGCCAUGAGGGAAUACAUGAUGGACCAAUCAACACAGAAUCAACGCUCUCUUGAUCUGUUCUCCCCAUUCUAUCUCACUCAUCUUCAUAUGAUAACUCAUCCACUUCUGUCUAGCGGCGAUCGAACUAGUUACCCUGAGUUCAUUUCAUCGUACUUUAUCAGAGUGUACCUGGACAGCCCUGGUGGAACCCUCGGUCACUUCUUGCAGCUCGCAAGGGGCUUGGUUGAUCUUACUCACACAAUUCCCCAGUUGACUAAUGAUUUAGCGCCGGUAUGUCAACUGAUGUCAGACAUUGUGGCUGAUAUAUCCAACUUACGCGAUCCUGAAACCGCUGCAACGGCCAGGGACAGGCUCAAGACUAGCCAUGCUCUGUAUGAGCUCGCUUAUGGCACACUGGACAGCAUGAUCGAAAAGAAACCUACGCAGCUAGUCCCUGAUAAUGUUCUUAGGACCGUUCAAGCUUUAUCUGAUAUUAUUCAAGCGAGUCUCAAUGGUGAUCAUCCCGCUGCAAUCAGCAUGAUUCAAGAGCAUCGAGAGGCCUUCCCUACAGCUCCCCGCGACUACACCAUCGAGGCAAUUGCUUGUGAACAGCGGUUCCAUAUCUUCAUCAAACUUGUACGGUCAAGUCAAAUGCAACUUCGAUUCCAGGGUGCGACACAAAUGUGCAGUGACCUGGUUGCAUGUUGGAGAGAACAUUCUGAACAUGGGAGAGGUGGCAGCCUCCAGCACAUCGAACACCUUGCAGAAUAUUUGAUCCAGACCGGGUUCAUCGAUUAUUUCCUCGGUUCUAACUGCCAUCCCGAGAUCACCGUGGAGGGUGCCAACAUUGUCGGUUUUAUAAUAGUGACCAAGAAAUGCCGACAGGAGCACAUCAACAUGGUGUGGCAAGGUAUCACUUCCGGACAGGACCCCCGUACCGCCGAUGCUCUGACACGCAUGGUCGUCAGCAUCUGUAACCUCUUUGAUCAAGAUGGCCUCCUGGCUUUUUGUGAGAAAUUUAAAACGCUGCCAGUGGACGCCUUUACGCCCGCCAUCCGAUCACUCUGGGAGAACGUCAUGAAGUUCAUCGCCGAAAAGUUCACAAUUGAUGAACCUCUUACUUUCUUACCAUACGACAUAUGUCUACGUUUGUUAAGAGAGUCGUCGGCAUGUACAUACGCAUCGCAAGUUAUGUACCCCGAGAUGCAGCAAAUGGCAAUGCAGAAAUUCCGGGAGCUCUUGAGGUGCGGACCAGACCCGGAAGGGCUUCAACAACUGUACUUGGGUUGCCUUAAAGAUAUUGCGAACAAGUCAGAUACAACACUGGGUAGCCUUUUGUGUCUGUCCAUGGCAAUCCGGUCGAGAGAUGUGCCUACUGAAUUCAACGGUUUAGUGCAAAAUCACGACUUGGCAAGACUUCUCGUGGAAGAAUUAGAACAUGCCAUUGAAGCUAGGCGAGUGGCCGAGAACCAAAUGGUUCUUUCAUGCCCUAUCAAUCAGCCUCGAAGAGACUUAAUCAGUAACAUCAUUCAACUGGAGCCAGAAACGCUCACCCAUGACCUGGGCCUCAAGCUAUGGGAUAUGUUGGUUGGGCCACUUUCUCUUUCCUUCGAUGAUAGGAAGGUGGGCUGGGACAUGUUGAAUAGUUUCAUUCGGCGAACCCAUUUCAAUAACCCUUUUCUCCAAGCUUGUUUAUCCCAAUACCUUCCGAAUCUUCCUUCUCGUUACUUCUGUGAAGGUAUGCUGGAGUUCCUUCGGGUCGAGAUUCUUCCGCGUCUCAAUGAAAGGGCGGAUCUUGCUCUCGAUGAUAAAGAAGCAGUUUCUCAAAGUGGCAUUGAACAGCUGUGGCGCCUAGUUCUCGAGGCUGAAGAUGAGAGUCUAGCAGAAAGGUCCAUCCGAACUCUCGCAAUCGAGGUCUAUAUCGAAAAUCGAUUUAUUACAUUCAACGCUGUUCAACGCACACGGUCAAUCCAUUUGCGGCUAGUUGACCGGUGCCUACAGCAGCUGAAAGAUGCCGCGAAAAUGCUCAAGACGUUCGGUCAAAAUGCCACAAGUGGAGACGAUAAGUCGACUUCAAGCGCUGUUGCGUCCCAGCAACUGCAGCAACAAGAGAUGGUAUUCGUGCGCUCACUGAAGUUUCUGCGAUACAUUCUUGAAGCGCAUCAGUCGAAGCCACACUUGUCUGCGCCUGACUUAAGAACACUGAUAUCGCAGACAUCCUACGAAAUUCGAGGGGAUCCUGCGGGACUUAAGUAUCAGUCUUUUGACGGUGAUCAGCAAACAGACAUCAGGCCGCUUGUGAUGGGCAAAGGAAACACAGCGGCUUCGCUGCUUGCUAGCCUCCGUAAAGAGACUGGUUUUGAAAACUACCGUGUCUACUACCGAGGUCGGCCAUUCUUACCAAAUGAGCAUGAUAUCUGCAAAUCACUUGACGAUUUACGUGUCCAUGAUGGCCUAAUACUAGUCAGACGUGAAGAGUCUGGCCCGGCUCUCUCUAACAGGGUCAGACCGGGUGCCUCCCCACUAGAGAUAGAGAUUUCCACCCACUUCGAUGAGAUGUGGGAGUAUUUGAGCAUGGAGGAAACACUUGCACAAGAAAUCUACUACUUCCUAAUCAAAUUACCCACAGACGGACAUAUUUUGAAACUGAUCGAUAACGAGUCUGCUUCGUACAACGACAUCUUCCCCCGUGGACAGCCUUUCAAAUCCCUUUAUGCAGUACACGCUUUGGUUGAGUACACAGAACCCCCGUUACCUGAUGGCGAUGACUCGAACGUCUUACCUAGUAGCUCGGAGUCCGAGUUUGUUCAGUACUCCAAAGCUCUCAAUACAGCCAUAUCAUUUGUCGUACAAGCUAUCUCGGACGAGAAUGUUUUUGACGGGGCUUCUAUGCUCCUGCGUCUCAAACUUACAUGUGGCCUGUUGCACGCCUUUCGGCGGUUUCUUGACAGGAUUGAUAACCCGAGAGGAUCGGCUACUUCCAAGGAUCUCGCCAUGCCCGAGCCGGCUCGGCUAGUAGAUAUUUUGUCGUAUGCUGUAGGAUGUCCUGGUGAAGUGCCUUCUCCUGCUGUUGCAGGAACGCUUGUCAUUUGCCUUCGACUCAGCAUGCUCGACGACGGAUUUUGGACAAAACUUAGCACAAGCUCCAAUUUCGCCCACAUCCUACGGCGUCUUAUUCUCACAGAUCCUCGCCAAGCGAUCAGAUCACUUUCUGCCAAACUGGUCGAAGAACUCUUCACUGUCGUGGAUCACGUACCUGCUACUAGCGAACCCAGUUGUGAGACUUCAACUGGAACCCGAGACAUCGAAUUGACAAAGUACUUUUGGACGAUUGUUAGCGACUUAGUUGCACAGACAGCUAGCUUUCCCAGCCAAUGUGGCGAACUCUUCUCGCUGGCUCAUUUCCUGCUAGCGAGAAUCAAGAUACGAGCGCCUGAUUUGUUUGACAUCGCAACAUUCGCAGCGUGCACCAGCAAUCUUCUUCUGGGGCAUACGACAACCGAGACUAUCGAAUCACCGGGUGUGGAAGAUAUGUUUGCCAGGGGUGUAUCGUCCCUUUUGCACUUAUGCCUGCAAUUGGACGAAUCCGCUGCCCGGUCUGAAACACUUCCUGAAAACCUUGCAAUGCUCCUAUUCUCGAAACAGCUAUACCCUUCUAAGGGACAAAGCAGUGGGCAGCCUGUACCGAGGGUUAUUCUUCACGAAGAGACUCGUGCAAAGCUUUGCGAGGUCAUAUUAUUUCUUGUGAAGCAUGACCAGAAUAAGAUGAAGGAGGUUGUGUACGGACUUCAUCAACAAGUGCCAUUUUAUGAUGAGGACGAAGAAGAUGAGCCAUACCUCUAUGACCUCUCGUACCACUUCGACCGACUCGGAGCACUUCGCGCUCCAUGUGGUUACGUGGGGCUUCAAAAUCUAUCUAACACAUGCUAUCUCAAUUCACUAAUGACACAACUCUACAUGAAUACUGGCUUUCGACGCUUUGUACUGAACUGUCAAAUUACCGAUGCUGCGGACAGCCAGCAGCUACUUUUCUACACCCAGAAACUGUUUGGCCACAUGCAAGGCAGCUAUCUUCGCUCUAUCGACCCGUCCACAUUUGUCAAUUCCAUCAAGACAUACGAUGACACCCUAAUCGAUAUUCACAAUCAAAUGGAUGUUGAUGAGUUUUACAAUCUGCUCUUUGACCGUUGGGAGAGUCAACUUCUUGGCAAUGAUGAAAAGAAGAUGAUGAAGUCGUUCUACGGUGGCCAGCUUGUACAGCAGGUAAAAUCGAAAGAAUGCGAGCAUAUUUCGGAACGACUCGAACCCUUCUCCGCCAUUCAGUGCGAUAUAAAAGGCAAAAGCACUUUGACAGAAAGCCUGCAGGCAUAUGUGGGCGGCGAGAUCAUGGAAGGAGACAACAAAUACAAGUGUUCAAUGUGUGACCGCCAUGUUGACGCGGUAAAGAGGGCCUGUCUCAAAGACGUUCCGGACAAUCUCAUAUUCCAUUUGAAAAGGUUUGACUUCAACCUGCGAACCUUGCAACGAAGCAAGAUCAAUGAUUACUUCUCGUUCCCUGGACAAGUCGACAUGCGGCCGUAUACAAUCGAACAUCUCAGCAAUCCAGAAAGCGAUGUUGAGGAGGACAUCUUUGAACUGGUCGGUGUACUCGUUCACUCAGGUACCGCUGAAUCCGGCCAUUACUACUCUUACAUUCGCGAGCGCCCCUCCUCGGCCAAUCGGCCUACUUGGGUUGAGUUCAAUGACGAUAUGGUCACGCAUUGGGACCCUGCGCACAUGGAAUACUCGACAUUUGGUGGCACUGACCCUCGUUCUCUUUAUGAUAACAACGGCAUGAUGUGUGACAAGAAUUACAGCGCCUAUAUGCUGUUCUAUCAGCGGGCAUCCUCUCUGCAUGCUGAGCAGGACAAGAUGAUGAAUCUUGGUGUUUCGGCACCUCUUCGUGUUCAAGUACCUGAGGAACUCGAUGAUCAUAUCAUGGACCUGAACACUCAGACUCUUCGUCGUCACUGUAUCUAUGAUCAGAGCAACAUUAGACUAGCCCAGUGCUUGUUCCAUCAGUCACAACAUUACUGUGAGACUGUUGGUGAAACUGACACUCAUCAGAGUAUCGAAGAUUUCGUAGCCAAAUCUCAGCUUGAUCACGGACUCCAGGACUUGGCCAUGCAAACGCUGGUAGGUAAUCUGGACCAAGUUGUCACAAGAACGAAGGACAUUCCCGAUCUUCCGACGUACUCCAAAUCGAUCCUCGAGGCAGUCGGAUCCUGCGGGCAUUGUGCUUUCUCAUACUACAGCUACUUUAAGCAACACCCCCGCGCACUUCGUAUUCUGUUACAACGAAAUCCGGAUCAAGGAGUACGAAGCUUCGUCGGCAAGAGUUUUAUUACUGCAGUAGCAACGAUGUCUCGAAGGCUACCACAAGUCUAUGAUCCACAAAUCUCGUACAGCCCAGACUCUGAACUCGAUGGAGAUGAAGAUGAAUACUUUUCUAGGCCCAUUGCUGCUCGACGUUCCGUCAUUCACGGUGCCAUGAUUCUCCUCGAUUACCUCUGGAGGUUCUUCCAUAUCCAUAUCAGAGCUUGGGAUGAGUAUUUCGGAACUGUCCUAAACUUUGCUCGGCUGGGGUAUCGCGAGACUGAAUAUGUCUUGGCCGCACGCUUUUUGGCCAAGACUAUUCAAAUCAUUUCAGCUGAUUCUCUGCAAGAUCUCGAUGGAAAUUGGGCCAAGAUGCUUCACAAUCUUUCACGGCGAAGUGGCACAAGACAGACAUCGUAUGCAUCUAUCAUCGCACUCGCUCACCAUUUGAUGGAUCAGAUGGACUCUAGAGUAGGGCCCAAUUUCAGCAAAGAACAGCAUACAGCGCGCGUAUCGCAAAUGACCGAACCCUUCAAAUGGACAUCCGGGGAGGUAGGUCUUGUUUACAAGGAUCUUGGCGGGUCCCAGACCAGUCUAUUUGUUGAAAAACUGCUCGCCCUUGACCAGGCGCAAGUGCAUAGCGACAGAAUCAUUCGCCUCCUAGUGAGGUUGGAUACGACGCUGGAUGAAAGGGUACUAGCAACAUUGAAGCAGUGCAUUCGCGGCGAAACAUCAACACAAGCCAUGGAUCCGUUCUUGCGGGCGGCCAUCACGUACAUUGAAAGUACCGAUCAGCUCAGAAAUGCCAAGGGAAUAGUUGGCCACAUCUUCAUUCAGGCAAAGAGUCUUCAAAACACCGAGGGUGUGUAUUUCUUGCGAUUUUUCAAGACUGCAUUGAACCUCAAACAACAAGACACGGAGUUCGCUGGUGCCGUCCGCUCAUACGCUUUGGAACGAGUGCCAACCUGGGUGCCUUACCUCCUGGCUUCUCAAGACCGGAUAGUGCGAACCAGCACAGAGUCUUUUCUGAUUCGAACGCUGUUUGACGCUGUGGCUGAAAGUGCCCCCAAUGAUGACGAUAGUGACGACGACAACACCUGGGGUGAUCGAGACAUCAUCAAACAGACGGCGAAGCAUGUCGGGAUUGCGUGCCUGAAGUAUCUUCGUGAGCAGCAUGUCCGCAAAAGGAACCAAGUGAUCCGAGAGGUUGCCAACAGAUUUCUAAAAGUGAUCGGGCAAUGCGUGGAUGUCGUGAACUCGGACCCGAAUACACAAACCGAACUGGACUUGGAGUUCCUUGCAUUGCAAGAUGAUGUACUUGGUCCUUUGCACAGACUGACAGUUGACGAAAUGGAAGAGGACGGGUCCGACUGGGAAGGAUCCUGCGGGUCAUCAGAGCAGAUUGAUGACAUUGUUGAACUGGACAUUCCGGGAAUGAAUGAGCUGCACGAUAUGGAUCGGAUGUCGUAA